CCGGGCCCACGCAAGCGUUUGCCUAGAAACGCCUGUUGUCUUCUGAUUCUUAGCCUGGCGCAAGCAGGCGUUCUGGGACACUUGGCGGGGUAGUCCGACUGCGCUGGACGCUUUUCCACAGCGGACCGCGACAGUUAUAUGACCCGCGAAGAUGUGCUCCUGGGUUGGUGGCCUGGGCUCUGGCCUAGGCCAUUCCCAGGGAGGAGUGGAUGGCAGUGAGACUUCCUUGACCGGCUCCAACUCGGAUCUCACCAUGGACUUUGGUGAUGUCAUAUCAUCUCAGACAGAAAUCAAUAGACUCCUCAAUGAGAUCCAAAGACUGGAGGCUGAUCUUACACUUUGGAAACAUUUGUCCAAGGGACCGAAUAGCUCAGACUCCAAUGCCAUCUGGAAACUGAAGAGCACCAUCAGGGACCUAGAAGAGAGGCGGAUGAGGGAGAUCGAGGAACAUCAACUCGGAUGUGCGAUACUGCACAGUGUCCAUCAAGAAAAACUGGCCGACAUCACUGACAGGCACCGCAAACAACUCCUCGAGUAUGAAAGACGGAUAGAAGACCUGCAACAUCAAGAGUCUGCCAGUCAUGGGAAAGAUGACUUACUUCAAGAAAGGGAAACUGAGCUUAGAAGGUUGAAGCAACAACUUGCAGAAAUGGAGCGGCUGAAUGACCGUUUAAACAACGUUGCUUCUGAUCUCAGAGCAGAAAACCAAAAGUUGGUUUUGGCGCUCCAGGAUAUAAGACAUCAGCUGGAAGAAUCUGUUCUCCGGAACAACGAGGAUUCUCUGGAAAACAACACUGCUGUGAGGGCUUUAAAAAUAGAAAAAGGACGGUUAAUAGCAAAAUUGGCUCGGGCGGAAAAGAAGCUGUUGGAGGAAACAAACAAGGAUGAGCAAACUAUCAAAGAAUUGUCCCCUUUAGAGCAUGUGCAUUUCCUUCAACACAGUCAAGAGAAAGACCUGGAAAUAGUACACCUCAAAAAGAGGAUCGAGCAGAUGGACGCCGACCAUAAAGAAACGAAGGAAAUGCUGUCCUCUGCUCUGGAGGAGCAGAAGCGAUUGACACAACUCGUUAAAGAGAAAGAGAUGUAUAUUGAAGAACUUACAGGAAGUCCAGAGCUUCAGGAGGAAUUCGGUCAGUCUACGCAAACCUUCAGAAGCAAUGACAUUUCCCAGCCAUCCGUGGAGGACAAAGACAGGUGUCUCCCAUCCGUGACAGGCGAAAAUCCUCACCUGAGAGAAGAACUGGAGAGCCUAGGACAACAGAGUCGCUCUGUUCCUGCGCUCAACCCUAAAAUCCUAGACGAGAUCAUAGAACUAGAGUGUGAGGUGUUUCAACUCCAGGAGUUAAAGGAUGAUCUCGAGGAGGAAAUCAGAGAGCAACAGAAGAUCAUUCACAACCAGCAGCAGGGGAAGAUAGGACUGCUUCAUUCUUUACAAGAGCAGAAGCAGAAAGUGGAGCAGCUCCAAUACCGGCAGGAGCAGAUGAAUAUUGAACACGCUCAGCUCCUUUCAGCGAAAGACGAGGAGAUUCAGCAUUUGCAGGACACGAUAGAACAAAUGAAAGCCCGGUUGCCUGACAAAAGCCAGCACAUUCCGACAGAAGACUGUGAUGAUGUGGAAGUCCCAACCAGUCAGCCUCUUCCCAGACAAAACGCAAGUGAAAAGCUUGAUUCACGUGAAGCCGAAACUCAAAGAUCAGUCCUAGGAAUCAAAGAACACGAACUGGAGAUGAAGCUUCUAACUGAACAGAACAUCCGACUGACGGAACAGAUCGAUCGGCUCUCCAAAGAGGAGAUUGGUAAACUAACUCAGAUUAUCCAGCAGAAAGACUUGGAGAUUCAGGGUCUUUCCAGCAGGAUCUCUGCGGCUUCUCACAGCCAGAACGUGGAGCGACUUCAGCGGCAAUUGCAAGAGUAUGCUUGGAAAAGCGAACAGGUCUUGGCGGUCUUAAAUGAGAAAACGAGGGAGAACAGCAAUCUGAGGACAGAGUAUGACAGAAUGGCGGAUAGGAUGGCUGCCACAGAAGCAGACCUCCGGCGGAUGCAAGAGGAAAAUCAAAAACUGUCCACUAGAAUUGACAGUAGAGGUCAGGAGAUGUUUAGAGAAACGAUUCAGAAUUUAUCACACAUCGUUCGAGAAAAAGACCUCGAAGUGGAUGCGUUAAGUCAGAAAUGUCAGACUUUAUUGACACUCCUGCAACCCUCCAGCCCUGGUAAUGAGGUUCGAGGCGUUCAUAUGGAUCAGUUCAAGCAGCUUCUACAGGAACGGGACACAUUAAAACAGCGAGUGAAGAUCAUGGAAGAGUGGAAACAGCAGGUGAUGACCACAGUCCAAAAUAUGAAGCGUGAGUCACCCCAGCUUGAGAGAGAGCUGGCACAAUUCCAGGCGCGGGCUUUCACCAGCAGCGAGAAGGAUUCUGAACUACCGACGACCUCUAGUGACCUGAUGCAGACGUACAAAGGCAAUGAAAUAAAAUUACAACAUUUAGAGAAGGAACUGGCACAAAUUCAGCUCAGCAUCGGGGAGCUUUGCAAUGCCAAGGAUCUCCUUCUAGGGAAACUGGACGUGAUUUUCCUCGAGCCCUCCCCCGACUGCUCAGAGUCAGCGGACUCUCUGGAGCCCGUGAAAUUUGACAGAGUGGGUGAGGCUUCUCAGUUGCUCCAAGUGGAGGUAGAAGAGCUGAGAAAAUCAAUGCAAGAAAAAGAUAGGAUGAUUCGAACCCUCCAGGAAGAUAAGCAGAGAUGGACUGAUUCAGUGGCUGCCACGUGGGAAGGAGAAGGCCCAGAACAGGAACACAGGGAUUCCGACAUCGAGCAGCUGAAGGAGAAACAGGCCGUUCUACAAAACUUCAUUCGGGAUCAGGAGCUCCGAAUCCAAGCGAAAAGUGAGGACUUGCUUUCUUUGCAGGAGAACUUCCGUAGCCAAGUGAGUGAAAAUGAACUUUUGAGGCAGACGGUCACCAAUCUGAAGGAGAGAAUAGCAGAGUUGGAAAUGGAUGUGUGUCAACCGAGAGAGGAAAAUGCAAAAGUCGAGGAAAACUCUCGAGAAAAGGCAGUGGGAGAUGAGGCAUUGCAAGAGACAGAUAGGCUGCUUUCAGUGAUGCGGAGAGAGGAGGAAUCCCAGGGUGCUGCGAUGAAAGAGAAGGCACUUGCUUUGGAGCAACUAUCGCAAGAGAGAGAAGAGCACGAGACCGGGGUAUUGAACCGGCCGGUCAGUGCAGUUCCAUCAAUGCAGGGAAAGACAGUUCUGUGCCAACAGGGGAGAGAUGAAGUCCUGUUGGCCCUGACACAGAAACAAAUGGAAACCUGUGCCCUCCAGAAGGAGGUUCGCCAUUUACGUGAGAGCGAAUUACGCCUAACCCAGGAGCUGGAGAGACGGCGACACCUCGCUCUAGAAGCCGAAGACGCUCAUCGCCGGGAAGCUCUGGCCUCAGAAGACAAAGUGGCUCAACUCAGGAAGGAAGUGACGGUCUUGCAGGGAAGACUCGUUUUGUCUUCCACUGCCAUGGAAAAUGCCAGCCGAGGAGCCAGUCUGCAGGUAGAGUCGCUGCAGGAGCAACUGCACGUGGUGACCCAGCAGAAAGAGGACACCGCGCUCCAGCUUGCUGCCUCACAGGAAGAAGGAAAGCAGUAUGGUCACAUCCUAGCUGACCUCAAGUUGGAACUCGCCGAAUGGAUGGAAAAGGCAGACAGCCUCGAAGGAAAACUGAAGUCAUUGCAGGGACGAUUACAUAAAACAAAUGCUGACUUGGAGCUGAAGGAAGACCAACUCCAAGAAUUCCAGAAACAGAAUGAGGUCCAGCAGGAAAUCCUGGAGGACACACAGAAGAAACUGAUGAACUUGGUCAGUAAGUCCGAAGGAAUGGUGGACAAAACCCUACUAAGGAGACUCUUCCUGGGAUCUUUCCAAGCCCCUGACGCUGAACGGCAGGAAGCCUUAAGGUUGAUGGGAAGCAUGCUGGGGAUUCGAGAAGACCAGAUGUGGCAGCUGUUCAGUGAAGGGCCAGGUGGUGUUACCAGCGGAUGAGUCGGGGGCCUGGAUCCAAAAGCGCCCCCAACACACCUGUGAAGCCAAAUCACCGACCUAUGGCCAAGAAUUUUUUUCAGGACUUUUCGUCCAGUUUCUAGAAGCGGAAUCUCAUUCAGCUUUGCCACCACCAAAGCCCUCUGCUCAUGACGUGAAGCCCCCAGAUUCCGGAGGAAGGGGAAAACUGGCUAUGAAACAAGGCCCAGCAGGUCUGAACACUACCCUAGCAUCCACAUCCCGGAAAAAAGAUGUGAAGCCCCGCACCACAACUGUGUCUCUUAUUAGCCCACCUGGACCGGAAACGGAUGGAUCGGAGCACCUUCUUCUAAAUGCCGUCACUGAUGCUUUGCCCACGUACGCACCCCAAAUACUGUCACCUGCCGAGAAGGUUGGAAUGGCGGCCAGAGGCCUCUCAGAGAAAUAGAGGAUUCUCAAGCCAGAGAUGAGACAGUGCUCGGAAGACCCCAAGUCACUCUGUGUGUUUACCUUAUCCCAAAAUGUCCUUUUGCAAA